GAUACCGGUUCGUUAUUAUCUAUAUAUACUACUCACCACAAUGACUUUUUACCUCAUUUUCUCUCCUUUGUCUCUACAGUUGAAGAUAUUUUGCUUAUAAUCUGGUAGACUAACAAUUAAAGGUAACGGUAAACUCUGCGAAUAUGGCUCUAGUGUCGGGUGUUAGAUCAACGCUGAAUCCCAAUGCGCCGUUAUACAUCCCUGCCGCUUUUCGACAAGUAGAGGAGUUCUCACCUGAAUGGUACAACUUGAUCACAACAUCAAUGUGGUUUCGUGACUACUGGCUCAGUCAGCACCAGGAAACUGAAAUGUUAUAUGGAAAUCACGAGAACAUUGAGCAGAACGAUGUUGUUGACUUGCUUCCCGAUGAAAUUGAUCUCGGUGUUGAUGAAGAGUUGUUGAUAAUGGAGUCUCAGUUCGAGGAAUUCAUCAAAUCUACCGGGAACCAAGAGAGUAAACUUCUACCCCGAGAAGGCUUGAUCGAUGCCAAGAGCGGAUUCAAGUCUCCGGGAAAGGUAUUUCAGAAGUAGAGUCAUAGGUAAGAGCAUUGCUUUUAGCUAAUAGUAUGAUUCUCCUUGUUUAUUAGUUGUAAUUUCUGUACAGAGCCAGGUUGAAGCUCUUACAUGAGUUAUUGUUAAUGCCUUUUCUUUCAUAAGAAAAUGAAGAGACUUGUUGAGCAUGUGAAGAAUAUAGAAAUGAGAAAAAAAAUGUAAUGUAUAAAUUAAAGAUGACUCCAUUACUUUCAAAUUGGUUCCUAUUUCUCUAUG